ACCUUCUAGACCGUAUUUAGCUGAAGUCCCCAGUGUAAACAUUUUCCACGUUUUGAUUAUUUUCCUUCAUGAAGCAAGUACAAACAGUUCUGUCUCAGAACAAGGUACGCCCUUCGCCACCUGACUCCAGGAGAGGAUCCCCAGGCCUCCUGGCCAUGCAGAGUCUUCCCACAGCCCUCGGUUUCCCAUGCUCCCUCUUCAUCAAGGGGACAUGUCUACCAAACUCAAAUUCUUCCGCACUUCAGACAUGCUUUUAAAGAAGCCCUUCUGCAGGAACAUAACAUGAAACAAAAUGUGAUCUGUGCAAGAGUCCCAGCACAGCUUUGGCAGCCUGCUUGGAAACCUGCUGGUCACAGCCACCUUCUGGGCUCCAUGUGAAGAGAAUGGAGAGGGAGUGCUUGGAUUAGAAACAUGGACAUUUGUCCUGACAUUUAAUCCUUCUUCCACCUGCUGAUCACAGAUGAACUGCUUCAGGAAGUGUGAGCCAGAAAAGGGGAGUAAAUAGUUUUCCCCGAAGCUGUGUAUAGCACUGGUAUGCACUGAAGAAAGAAUGUGCUCUCAUUCUCAGCCUAGUUUGUAUUCCUAGUGUAUUUAAGGGGUGGAGGUAGAGCUCUUGAUUUUAAAGUAAUUUUAUCAGAAUUCUAAAAUAAUACCUUACUUUGUCACUGUAUCCUUCACCCUACAGUUGCCACAGAAACUGCUUGUGGCUUUACAAAUCCAGUGUUGUAGCCACGGCUCUCUCCCAUAUUGCUGAGCAAGUUACCUCUGUUCCCUGAACCCCAGUUUCUCCAUUUGUAAGGUUGGCUAGCCAGGUAAAAUUUAAACUAUUUAAAAUUGGCUGCUACUGAACCCAAUAAAGAAUAAAAUUCAUUGGCCUUGUAUCUGCUGUUGAACUGACAAAUGAGCCCAGCCAGGGAAAAUCUUAUUGGCAAAGAUUUCUGUUUUUCUUUUUAUCUGGAAAAAGUCCCAAAGACCUCAUAAAAUGCUCCAGUGAGAAGAUAAGUAAAAGGAAUUACUGUGAUAUGGCCCUCAUUUUGGUGUGUUAGUCGUAGGGGGUCAGUACUUAAGUAACCAGAAAGGUUAAGGUGAGGCUGCAGACCUGCUGGAAAUAGGAACCCUCCUCCCCUCCACAGUCAUAAUGAUUGGUAACACAAGCCCUUCUGUGCAAGUCACCACAAGUAUGUGUCAACAGGUACACCAUGGAGGUACCACAGAGCCUGCAGGAUUCUGGCCAUGGCAAUGAUGAGUCCCCAUCAACCUCAUCCAAAGGGACUGGGGAUUCUUCUGUACCAGAUCUACCAGGGUUUUACUUUGACCCUGAGAAGAACCGCUACUUCCGCUUGCUCCCUGGACAUAACAACUGCAACCCCCUCACAAGGGAGGGCAUCCGGUACAAGGAGAUGGAGAGCAGGAGACUGCAGCUUCUGGAGGAAGAGGACAAGCAGAAGAAGAAAAUAGCCAGAACGGGAUUUAACGCAUCUUCCUUCUUGCGAAAAAGCCAGCUGGGUUUUCUCAAUGUCACCAGUUAUUGCCGUUUAGCCCACGAGCUUCGCAUGAGCUGCAUGGAGAGGAAAAAGGUCCAGAUUGAGAGCUCAGAUCCCUCUGCUUUGGCAAGUGACCGUUUUAACCUCAUUCUGGCGGAUACCAAUAGUGACCGGCUGUUCACAGUGAACGAUGUCAAAAUCGGAGGCUCUAAGUAUGGCAUCAUCAACCUGCAAGGCCUAAAGACCCCCACAUUCAAAGUGCGCAUGCAUGAAAACCUGUACUUCACCAACCGGAAGGUAAACUCUAUGUGCUGGGCCUCCCUGAAUCAUUUGGAUUCCCACAUUCUGCUGUGUCUCAUGGGACUUGCAGAGACGCCAGGCUGUGCCACUCUGCUCCCAGCAUCGCUGUUCAUCAGUAGUCAACCAGCAGGUACAGACCGGCCUGGCAUGCUCUGUAGUUUCCGGAUCCCUGGUGCCUGGUCCUGUGCCUGGUCCCUGAAUAUCCAAUCAAAUAACUGCUUCAGUACCGGUUUGUCUCGGCGGGUCCUUUUGACCAAUGUGGUGACAGGACACCGGCAGUCGUAUGGGACCAACAGUGACGUCUUGGCCCAGCAGUUUGCUGUCAUGACCCCUUUGCUGUUUAACGGUUGCCGUUCUGGGGAGAUUUUUGCCAUUGAUCUUCGUUGUCCAAGUCAAGGCAAGGGCUGGAAGGCCACCAAUCUGUUCCAUGACUCAGCAGUGACCUCUGUGCAGAUCCUCCAGGAAGAGCAGUACUUGAUGGCAUCAGACAUGGCUGGAAAGAUCAAGCUGUGGGACCUGAGGGCCACUAAGUGCAUAAGGCAGUACGAAGGUCACGUGAAUGAGUAUGCCUACCUGCCCCUGCACGUGCACGAAGAAGAAGGAAUUCUGGUGGCAGUGGGCCAAGACUGCUACACAAGAAUCUGGAGUCUCCACGAUGCCCAGCUGCUCAGAACCAUACCUUCCCCAUACCCUGCCUCCAAGGCCGACAUUCCCAGUGUGGCCUUCUCUUCUCGGCUUGGGGGCUUCCGGGGAGCCCCAGGGUUGCUCAUGGCCGUCCGGCAGGACCUUUACUGUUUCUCCUACAGCUAAUUCUUGAGGGGCCAGUGUAGAGGAGUGUGGUCACGGACAAAGACUGGCUUAUUUCCAUUUCUAAGGGGCAUAUGUAGAUAGCUUCUUUCUGGCUGCUGGGUGCUAAGUUGCUGCAGUUGAACUGUAGGCUCAGAGAGCUUGAAAGUCCUUUUCAUAAAAGGUACCUAUUUCCUUUUCUUGUUGAAUUCUUCAAAAUAGUCUCCCCUCCUUUGUUAACAAAAAGACUUUUUUUCUAAGGCCUGGAGAUUGGCCAAAACUAAAAUAACCAAAUCACAGCAACUGCUUUCACUGGGAAGACUCAGUGAUGAGACUGGUGGGACAGCUUAAAUGGUCAGUGCAGAGGACCCAAGGUGAGAAAAGCAGCUGGGGUAGGGAGGAAAAGGACGGUCCUGUCUUGAGUCUCUACAAAGUAAUGAUUUAGGGCUGGAGCUUGGAAUCAUUAAAUUUGCCUUCUCAAACUUGGUAGCAUAGAUCUCUGGGAUUCUUUUGUUAGCACAUGUAGGCACUGGAUCUUUUUAAAUGCUAGUUUUUAAACAUCCUUUAACAUCCUUUUGAGGCACCUUCUAGAAUGUAAGGGAUAGCAGCUUGUUUCUGUUAUGGUGACUUUAGAAUGUCUGGUUUAAGGGCCCAGGGUCAAAGAAAAUUACUUAGACGUUUUGUAAUCUCAGUGUAUGAGAUGUUUAUACAAAGUGUUAAAGGCCUGUCUUUCUACAAUCAGUAAAGUAGAACCAUGAUGUGGCAUGUUGCUUCUAUUACUGAUUAGAAGCUUUUGAUGCUUGGACCACAAACCAGCUACCUAAAGCCUCGAUCAGAUCUUGGAUGAGGGAAAAGCAGCUAGAACCAGCUUUAAUAAACGCCAUACUGCAGAGCUUCCAGCUAUUCCUUUAGAGUAGCUUGUUCCUACGCUGCUUAUGUCUGCCCCAGGAGGCUAACCUCUGGACUCCUGAGAGCACCCUGACUUGACCCUAAGUGGCCAGGGUGGUGCAGUCAAUGGGACAUACCAACAGGAAAGCUGAGGGUAAGGAGGUGAGAUUGUUAGUCCCCUGGCUUCUGUCAUGUUGGGCUGUGGUAGUUGUGACCAAAGGCCACAGCUUCUAUUGGAACAUAGCCUGUCUCUGGGUUCAGUUACUGUUCUGUUUGUCCCUAUCACCUUACUGUUGCUAGCGCCAGGAUGCUCCACCAAUUAAAUGCUUCAUUUACCCACUUGAAUGUUCCAUCUGUUUCCUGGCCAACUUACAGAGACAUCUUACAGAGAGAACCAAAUCCAAAAAAUUGGUGAGAAUAACAGAUCAAUUACCUAAUAGUUGAGUUACAGGUUAUAAUACUUUAAUGUGUCCCAUUUUACAAAGAACUUUCCCUAUCUUAUUUGAUCCUUGUAACAACUAAUAAAGGAGGCAGGGCAGAAGUAAUAUAAAUUAAUUAAUAAAAUUACUGGCAUCACUUUAUAGAUAAACUAGAAUUUAGACGGGGAAGGAGGUGUGGCUCAGUGAUAAUGUGUUUAACAAGGUCCUGGUUCCAUUAAAUAAAAGCUGUUGUAAUACCAAAAAGGGUGUUCUCUUCAGAGGCUAUGAUCUGAGCAAAGGCACACACAAUCAUAAAGGAUGUCCCAUAGCCCAGGGGCCACAAUGCAGGUGACUUGACUGGGAAAUGCAUUUAAGUUGGGUUAGUUGUAGAGUCUUCAGGAUACUGAGGAAGUAGUCAGGGCUGGGGCCAGAGCCUUAGAGAGCAAUUCGGGCUAGACUAAAGGUGUCAUCAGGAUUUGAGGACAGCUGAAGACACCGCAGUGGGUGAACUUACUCAUCCAGU